AUGUCUGAUUUCCAAUUAACUAUCCUAAACAAAUUAGGACAAUUAGGUGAAAUUAAAUCUACUUUAGAAGUGUUCCCAAGCGUCGAAUCUCAAGAUGUUUUGUCAGCUUUAAACUCUUUGAAAGCCCAUGGUAAAUUAGAAUAUACUAAGCAUGAUAUUAUGCAUUAUGAUUUAAGUAAAGAAGGUCAAGAAGUCGUCGAUAAUGGAUCUCAUGAAAUCGUCUUAUACAAUUUAAUAAAUGAUUUGGGUAAAUUACAAAUUAAAGAUGUUAUGUCAAAAAUGGGUGCUAACGGUAAAGUUGGUCAAGCUCGUGCUUUCAAAAACGGUUGGAUUGUUAAGAAUAAAGAAAAUGAAUUAGAAUUGAGUGAAAAAGUGAAGAGUUCUACUCCAGUAGAUGAAACUAAAAUUUUGCUUCAACAAAUUGCUAAAAAUGAACACUCUGAUAUUGACGCUAAAGUAAUUGCUGAUUUAAAGAAAAGAAAAUUGAUUACUCCAAGAAAACAAACUGAUUAUUCUGUUACUAAAGGUGUUGAUUUCUCUUUAGAAUUGACUAAAUUAGAAACAGAUAUUACUUCUGAUAUGGUUGUUUCUGGUUCUUAUAAAGAUGCUAAGUUCAAACCUUAUAAUUUCAAUUCUCAAGGUUUACCUGCUGCUUCUGGUGCAUUACAUCCAUUAAAUAAGGUUAGAGAAGAAUUUAGACAAAUUUUCUUCUCUAUGGGAUUCACAGAAAUGCCUUCAAACCAAUACGUUGAAACUGGUUUCUGGAAUUUUGAUGCUCUGUAUGUUCCACAACAGCAUCCUGCUCGUGAUUUACAAGAUACUUUCUAUAUUAAGGAUCCUUUAACCUCUGACUUACCAGAUGAUAAAGUUUAUUUGGAAAAUAUUAAAGCUGUUCAUGAAAAUGGUAAAUUUGAUUCUAUUGGUUACCGUUAUAACUGGAAAGAAGUGGAAUGUCAAAAAUUAGUUCUAAGAACUCAUACUACUGCUAUUUCUGCCAAUAUGUUACAUAAAUUAGCUAAAAAUCCAAAACCAGCUAGAUUGUUCUCUAUCGAUCGUGUUUUCCGUAAUGAAGCCGUUGAUGCUACCCAUUUAGCUGAAUUUCACCAAGUAGAAGGUGUUAUUGCUGAUUAUAAUAUCACUUUGGGUGAUUUAAUUAAAUUCAUGGAAGAUUUCUUCGCAAAGAUGGGUGUUACCGGUCUACGUUUCAAACCAACUUAUAACCCAUACACUGAACCAUCUAUGGAAAUUUUCUCAUACCAUGAAGGUUUAGCUAAAUGGGUUGAAAUUGGUAACUCAGGUAUGUUCAGACCUGAAAUGUUGGAAUCCAUGGGUUUACCAAAGGAUUUGAGGGUCUUAGGUUGGGGUUUAUCCUUAGAAAGACCAACUAUGAUUAAAUAUAAGGUGCAAAAUAUCAGAGAAUUAUUAGGUCAUAAAGUUUCUUUGGACUUCAUUGAAACAAACCCAGCUGCUAGAUUGGAUGAAGAUUUAUACGAUUGA